ACUUACAACAAUCGAUUACAACAAUCGAUUCGAUAGUCGACGGGGUCAACGCCAUUUUGACUUCUUUCAUUAUUCUCGACCUUUUUGCGCUUGCUGCUCCAGUGUUGUCCUACUCAAGCUAAACCACUAGCGCUCUUUCCUAUAUUGCAAACUUUUCGAUUAUUUCGUAAUCUUUUGUUUUUAUUAUUCUGUUCUGUGUUCUUGUUGUACAUAAUAUCCUACAACAAUGUUUUACUCAAAUUAUUUGUUGGCGAGAAAAGGGCCGCUCAGUCUGAUUUGGAUUGCGGGGCAUAUGAAAUCAAGCCGCAUAUCGAAGAAACGAAUUUUAAAAGCGGAUAUGACUCAAAUCUGCGAUGACCUUUCGCAGCACAUCACGAAAUUCGCCUUGUCAGUGCAGAUAUCGCUGGUGUUGGGAGCGUCCAUUGUACUGCAGCGUAAAGCGACGUAUUUGCUCAAGGAUGUGGAAGAAUUACGACAACUGAUUCGAAAUGUGGACAAGAAAGGCAGACCCCGCGGCAUCGAUAUGCGUACGGAGGAUCGACCGGGUAAAAAGCGGCUGAACCUCCGGCUGACGGAGCCCCUCAUUCAGCUGGAUUUUGCGCGGGCGGAGGAGUGGCUGCUGGAGGCGGUGGACGAAUACCAGGAACCGCAGACAUUGGUCGGGAUUGCGCGUCCGGAAGAUAUCACUCUUCGCAACGAAGGUCCUAUCAUUAAGUACAAUCCGAACCAAACAUAUGACGAUAAACUGCAGGACGAUUUUCCUGAAACGGUUGUACCUGUUGCACCGGCAGCGCCGCAGAUGGAAGCAGCGCGGACCAGUAUGGUUGAAGCAGAGAUGACGAAUGUGUCAGAUCUUCCCCGUCCUUCAUCGCUCCCACAAGACCUGCCAGCUAAGGCAGCCGAACUAACUGCGGCCGAGGCUGUUCCGGAUAUCCAACCUGUUCAGCCAGCUGUGGGAAAUUUGGAAUUACCUCUUGAGCCGGAAGCGAUGGGGCCACCACCGGCAGCAGAACCGAAAGCAGGCGCGAAGGGCAAAGGAAAGCGCAAGAAGCGGCUCAUCGUGGAUGAUCCCGCGAUCAUUCCGCAUGCGGUGAUGAAGAGAAACGUGGAGAACAUACGAAUGGCUACCAUUCCCGACACGAAGGAACACUGUCCGGACUUUCACUUGUUAAAGUUAAAACAGACGGAGAAGCAAUUUCGGAAAUCAGGGGAGUAUUUUGAAAACGGUAUUGUGGCCGGAUACAUGCGGAACUGCGUGGAGUACGCCUCCGCCAACGGCGCAAAAGUGCGCCAGGAACGGCAAGAAGACGAUCCGUUCGGGUGGUGCCCGCCCCAACCUGGAAAUGUUCCCAUCGAGAACGAAUUUCUGGAGCCGGCACAGGCACAAGCCGCACCUCCACAAAUUGAGCCGGUCCAACAAGAACCCAUCAUGGAAGUGAUUCCGGAGCCAGCACCGGUUGUGCUUCCUGAACCGGUGCCAGCAAUUGCCGUGGAACGGGCAUCUUCCGUUGUUCCGACACGGCAGCCGUUCGAUGAGUCGGGCGCAGCCAUUAGCGUUGCGGAAAAAAGUCGGCGAUCGGAAGUUACUGACGAAGAAGGUUUUAUGCAACCUGCACCGAAGAAAACCCGCCGGGAAAACCGAGAGUUCACAGUGCGAGAACGCGCGGAGCAGUACGCUCAUGCUGGACAGUUUCUUGAAUUACGCUACCGAAAAAUUGAAGCAUCUAAUGAUCGAGUCACUUUUCACCAGCUGAUCAAUGGAAAUUCACGCAAAAAGAUCGCACGGUGUUUUGCUUACUUGCUCAAGAAAGCUGCGGAUGGAAAAGUGGUUUUGGAGCAGCCUGAACCGUAUGGAGAUAUUUUCAUAGAGAAAACUCAUGGUGCUUCUCUGGCAUUCAUCGACGGACAGGAAAAUUAAAGAUUCUGCAGAAAGAAUCUGGAUCUGAACUGGCCGAUAUAGCACCCGUCAACCGUUGCAGAAAUCUCUGUUACUUGUUUUUUUUUAUACAGCAAAUUGUUGUUGGUGUCAAACAGGCCGGUAUUUUUUUGUUUAUAUUUAAUUUAUUUUGAAAUUCAUUUUAUUUGUUUAAGUUAUUUUGUAACUUGGAUUUUCUUGUUUUCGUAAAUUUUGACGUUUCAUUUAAUGAGGAAACAGGGAUUGUCAGAUGUCGAAGUGUCAGUGGAAAACCUAGGUUUUGAACUCGACAUUACUGUACUUGUACUUGUACAUCUUUUUGGUUUUAAAGGUCUUUGUUUGUUUG